AUGGAGAAGGACGGCCUGAGCCGCGCGGACCAGCAGUACGAGUGCGUGGCGGAGAUCGGGGAGGGCGCCUAUGGAAAGGUGUUCAAGGCCCGGGACCUGAAGAACGGAGGCCGGUUCGUGGCGCUGAAGCGCGUGCGGGUGCAGACAGGCGAGGAAGGCAUGCCGCUCUCCACCAUCCGCGAGGUGGCGGUGCUGAGGCACCUGGAGACCUUCGAGCACCCCAACGUGGUCAGGUUGUUUGAUGUAUGCACAGUGUCACGAACAGACAGAGAAACCAAACUAACAUUAGUGUUUGAACAUGUUGAUCAAGACCUGACCACUUAUUUGGAUAAAGUCCCGGAGCCUGGAGUGCCCACUGAAACCAUAAAGGAUAUGAUGUUUCAGCUUCUCCGAGGUCUGGACUUUCUUCAUUCUCACCGAGUAGUGCAUCGUGAUCUAAAACCGCAGAACAUUCUGGUGACCAGCAGCGGACAAAUAAAACUGGCUGACUUUGGCCUUGCCCGCAUCUACAGUUUUCAGAUGGCUCUCACCUCAGUGGUCGUCACGCUGUGGUACAGAGCUCCAGAAGUCUUGCUUCAGUCCAGCUACGCCACCCCCGUGGACCUCUGGAGUGUUGGCUGCAUAUUUGCAGAAAUGUUUCGUAGAAAGCCUCUUUUUCGUGGAAGUUCAGACGUUGAUCAACUUGGAAAAAUCUUGGAUGUAAUUGGACUCCCAGGAGAAGAAGACUGGCCCAGAGAUGUCGCCCUUCCCAGACAGGCUUUUCACUCAAAAUCUCCUCAACCAAUUGAGAAGUUCGUAACAGAUAUUGAUGAACAAGGCAAAGACCUACUCCUGAAGUGCCUAACCUUUAAUCCGGCCAAAAGAAUAUCUGCCUACAGUGCCCUGUCUCACCCCUACUUCCAUGAUCUGGAGAGGUGCAAGGAGAAUCUGGAUUCCCGUCUGCCUCCCAGCCAGAACAGCUCAGAGAUGAAUACAGCCUGAGGUCCCGACGGCCAUCUUGAGCUGAUUACCGGGAGAACACCCCUAGGGGCUGAUGGGCCCCCCCCUGAGUAAGCCCCGCAGAGCCACUGAGGAUCACUGGCUGGGGACCUUCUAGUUGCCGUCGUCUGGACGGGCUCUGCUUCUCCAUGGAAACCGCCUAGUUUACUGUUUUGAAAUCAAUGCAAGAGCGAUUGCAGCUUUAUGUUCAUUCGUUUGUUUGUUUGUUUGUCUGUUUGUUUGUUUGUUUCAAGAACCUGGAAAAAUUCCAGAAGAGAAGCUGCUGACCAAUUGUGCUGCCAUUUCAUUUUUCUAAUCUUGAAUGCUGCCAGUGUGGAGUGAGCAAUCCAGGCACAGCUGAGUUAUGAUGUAAUCUCUCUGCAGCUGCCUGAGCCUGCUUUGGUACUUUUGAGUGAGAGUGUGCACGCGCGUGUGCAUGUGCAUGCAUGCGUGCGUAUGUGUGUGCGUGAGAUUCUUGAUUUCUUAAAGUGUUACUUUCUGUAAACAACAAGAAUAAUUGAAUUUUAAAGACUCAAAGUGACCUAUAAAUAACAGGUGUCUAUUGACUAAAGGUGAUUUACCAGAAUGGGCUUCUCAAAUUACACAGUUGAACCUAUGUCCUCAGAAUUUCUUUUAUGGCCAAAAACAGUAAAUUUGUUAGAAGUAAAACAUUCACUAUCUAGCUGAAGUUUUAUACACACAACAAAAGGAAAAAAAAUGCUAGUAUCUUUUAAGAGACCUGUUUUUUAAAGCAUACAUUCUAUUUACUCUUGAUAAAAGCUGAAAAUUACUCACUGUAAGCCCAUUUUA